AUGAGGGAGCUUGUGGGCAAGACGCCAGACGGUGAUUGCGCAGCCUGUCUGAAGAGGUUUGUGUCCUGCUGGACUGAUAUCUUGACAUCAGGCAGCGUGCUCCUCACUGGCAAUCUCACGGUGAGAAAGAAUGAGGACGACUUCAGCAAGUUUUUCAAGGAGCAGGGCCUGACCACCUUGAAGACAUUGGCUCAGCAGAGGAAGAAGAUCAGUCAGGCCGACGAGACUUUGGACAAGAUGGAGGAGGAACUCACGAGGCUCGGGUUGUCUGACCUCGUCACGAUGCGGCUUGAUGGGCAACACCAGCGUUUGGUUGCCAAGAAAGAGGCUGGCGAGGUCAUCAACGUUGACAAGGACUACUUCCAUGCGUUGGCCUUCAAUGGAGAGGAUAGUUGGCGCCACAAACUUCCUCAGGAUGGUGAUUGGGAGGCCGUCUACAAGGUUGCCAAGGAGUACAUCCUGAAGUACCUUUCGGCCACGUGCGUCAACACGUUUGUUGAUAGAUUCAAGGAG